AUGAAGAAAGCAAUGUCGUUUCAAAGCCAUGCAGAAGGACCCCUCCUCUUCCUGUUCGUCCAUACAAACACUAGUGCCAGGUACCGACGGCGUGUUUUCCUCGAAUCAGGCUAUAAUUCGACCUUUCCACCGGAUCUUUCGGGUUAUAACCCCCAGCAUUGCCUGAAAAGCGUGGGGGUUACAUUUCAGACCGACCACAUAGAAGGGCCGAUUCUACGCCGUGAAUUCCUGCUUUGCAGCUGUUGUUCCCGCAACGCUGGUCGUAACAUUCGUCAUUGUGCUGCUGGGGAAAGUGUACCGGUCGCAUCGGAGGCGCGUUUGGGCCGGACAAACGUAACCGUAAGCGCUGCUCAAGCCGCACAGAAGAGAUGUGCGACAGCACCCCACGUUUGCCGUAUUGUAAACCUGGUACCCUGGGCCGAUCUGCCUAACGGCUUGUCUCGCUCGUCCGUGGGCUCCGCCGACGCAAGUGAGGAUGGCUUUUCUGACUUGCACCAGCGCCGCACUAUAGCUCCUCACCUUAUCACCGAGGUAGAUCGUGAUCGCCCGUUAAGCCAUGCGUUCCCUGCGAAGCUGCGUUGA